AGGGAGGGAAUGUAGGUCAAAUAACAGUGAAGAAGUCCCACUACGUUCAUUCGCUGUGCAUUAAUUCAGCUUGGGUCUCUGCAUGGAAACAUGGCACGUCUCCUGGUGCGACUUUCUUCUGUGCUUUACAAUGGAGCGUCCACACAAUCAGUUUUGUCUAAGGGCCGGUCUGUGUUGACCCGACCAUUAGGCACGGCAACAGAUCUUCUUUCUCUGACACGUUAUGAUGAUUGUGUGGACUGGAAGAAGAAACUAACUCCAGAACAGUAUGUAGUCACUAGAGAGAAAGGCACCGAGGUGCCGUUCAGUGGAAUCUAUCUGAACCAUAGUGAUGUGGGCAUGUAUCACUGUGUGUGCUGCGAUAUACCACUCUUCAGCUCUGAAUCAAAAUACGACUCUGGAACAGGAUGGCCGUCUUUCUUUGAGGCUCAUGGGACGUGGGAGAAAGAUGAGAGUCAGGCCAACAUUAUCCGCAGACCAGAUAACUCGUUAGGAAGCCCGGGGACAGAAGUCAUCUGCAAACAGUGUGAUGCUCAUCUCGGCCAUGUGUUCAGUGACGGUCCGGAGCCAACAGGCCAGAGAUUCUGCAUAAACAGCGCAGCACUGAACUUCAAGCCCAGAGAGAACUAAUUCAAUCUCAUAGACAAACACAUUUCUCAUUUCCUAUCCAGAUAUUCCAGCUGCAAGUGUUCAAACAGACUCUGAAUGAAUCGUGGAGAGGACUGGGUGUCACCUCUAUGCUGAUAUCUUUGAAUGAAUGUGUGCUUUAGUUUGGUUUCAUUUUGUCCUUUUCUGCUUGUUUAGUGCAUUUUUAAACCUUAGUGGGUCUGUCAGUAAUUUAAAGAACGGAUGUUCAUAGGAAUGUUCAAGAUCUCCUCUACUACAUUUAGUCAUAAAUCAAUCAGAACAUGUCUUUCCUACACUUUCUUUUUGGCUAAAAGACCCUGGCAUCUCUUUAUGCAGGAAAAAUGGACAUCAUUAGGGGUUGCUAGACAUGUCACAUCCAUUUUGUCACAACUUUCCAGUGUGGCUGCUGUUGAUGGACUAGAAAAUGAUGUAUAUAGCAGAGAAAGAGGUCAAGGUUAGACUUAUGUUUACAAUUUUACUCUUUUUGUUCUGCUCCAUUAACUGUACUUAAUGGGCUGCGAUUCCACAGGGUCCUGAGUCACCUACGAAUUGUAAAACAACAUUACAUUAAACUCUGAGGAAAAAUUGAA